UUCAAAAUGGCGGUCGGACGGGAACAUUUUUUCUCUUAACAAAAGUGACUUUUUUUAGCUCGUUAAAAGAAUAUAAAUGCCUUGAUUUAUAAAARGAACGAAGCAUGGAGGUCGAAGAAAAGCCUCCAAGGGAAGAAGUCAGUAUAGAAGAAGCGGAGGCAAAAGUGCAGGAAUUGUAUGACUUCAGAGAUAACUACUUUGAAAAGAAUGGAAUUGAAAAGGCACCAGUAAAGAACCAAGAAAUAGAAGCCAAACUAAAAGAGGUGCUCAGUAUUUUAGAUUAUGUGCAUGCCGCACCAGAGGACACUGCAAAGUGUUUGUAUCUGAGAGGCAAAGCAUUGAACGUCAGGGGAGAUUUUGAACAGACUGCACAAGAUGCUUUGUCAAAGGCAGUAAAAUUGGUGCCAAACUUGGUAGAAGCAUGGAAUGCACUGGGAGAGUGUUACUGGAAGAAAGGAGAUAUGGCUGCGGCAAAGAAUUGCUUUACUGGAGCUCUGAGUCAUUCUAAAAAUAAGGAGUCUCUAAGAAACCUAUCUAUGGUUCUGAGGCAGCUUGGAACAGAAGCAGCGGAAAAAGCUGAGAAUGUCAAGAAGAGUGUAUCAAUGGCUAAAGAAGCCCUUUCCUUGGACAUAUCAGAUGGCAUGUCAUGGUAUAUUUUAGGCAAUGCUUAUUUGUCACAGUUUUUCAGCGGCACCCAUUCACCUCCGAUACUGAAGCAAUGCAUGUCUGCAUACACCAAUGCUGAGAAAGACCCAAGAACAGCCAGUAAUCCUGAUUUACACUUCAAUAGAGCCAUGGCAUACAAAUACCAAGAGGAAUACGAGCACUGCAUCAAUGACUUCAAGAAAGCCUUUAUCUUUGAUCCAGGAUUCCAAGAGGCUAAAGAACAAAGGAAAAAAGUACUUCAUUAUUUAACGAGCACCAUGGAACUGGUGAAAGCAAAGGGCAAAAUCAAAGCCAAGAGACUCACAUCAAUGGUACAAUCCCUUGGUGAUUCUGAACUAGGUCCCUACGCUGGUGGUAGCUACACCAGUCCUACAGGAAUGACAGUUAAGUUAGAGUGUGUACCUACGACAGAGUUAAAAGCUGGUUUUAAUGAAGGAAAGGUAGUGAUGGGAAGAAUGGUUGGUUCUGUUGCCAUGGAUGACCCGUUACCAUAUACAUUUGCCAUGAUUGACAACACUGGACAUUGCUUACCUGUCACUGUCUACAACAUGAACAUGAAAUCUGGUUUUAUGGUCGGCGAUUCUCUAGCCAUUCCUGAACCCUUUAUACAAGUUACUGAUUUUACAGAAGAUGGCAAGGUGUACAAGUUUGAGUCCAUACGAGUAGACAACCCUGUAGUCCUCAUUGUCAACAAGAAGAAGCUUGGCAAGAACCAACUUGCUCCUUCAGUUCUCUCUGUUACAGCCAAAAAUGAAUAACAUGUUAGUGUGUGUUCUUCAGUGUUUACGAUAAAAUCAAAAACUUUCCAUACUUACACAUUGUCUUGAAAGAAUGAACCAAAUCGCAAAAUGUUUUCAAGGUUUGAAAUACAAUUUUUUUCGUUUUCAAUGCAAGAUUGCUUUCCCUAAUUUCGUGUUAAAUUUUUUUCUUUAAAAGUUAAUCAUAAUUCAAAGUACCUGUAAAAUGGUACUAUACACAAGGCUGCAAAUAAGUGCUGAUCAUUAGAGAAGUGUCUGGUAAAGAUGAUCACUUGACCAGUAAAUGAUUUGCAUUGGCCAGACAUUUGACCAGACAUUUGAUCAAACACAUUCGCCACAAUACAAGUGAAUGAUAGCUAAGUUACUAUACUUAUUGACGAGAUAUCUGCUGCGAAAAAAAGUUUUUGUCCUAUCACACUUCAGUUUUUUUUAUGCAAGUCAAAGUAAUUCCUUUGACCUGAUAAAUAACUGGCUUGACAAAAUAAUUAUUUGCAGUCUUGAUAUCUUUCUAAAACAUAUUACAACAUUUUCUCUGUUUUAUUGUAUGUUUGUACAAAGAGUGCACAUUGUAUGUACUAUUUACAUCAUCUCUAUCCACCAUUUCUUCCAUGCACUAUUUAAUAUCGACUAGUCUUUUAUACAAGAAAAAUAAUAACCACAAGCAAGUAUUGUAAUAAGUUAUUGGUUACAAAAUAUAUAGAUGAAUAUUCUUGGA